GUGUUGUAAGCCUGAGAUUAACUAUCAGAACCAUCUUUCACUGUCUUGUUUUCUCUACUAUAUGCGGACACGAGUGAUUUUAACUCCCUGGCCCUCCUCUUGGGACCCCAACGUGUAAGCCGGCCAGCGGAGCCUUGUUUGUUGAGCCUGUUUACCAACGAGCUGACCGUGGCCUAUCUAACCUGCACCUAUCAGGUCAUAUUCUUCUCUCGCCUAAACAUACACAUUCCCUCCCUCUCUACCUCUUGCUCACUAUCCCUGGCCUGCCAGCCGGGCCACUCUAUGCCCGCGUUUGUGCAUAUUUGAUGGUGUCCCGAUAUUGUGGCCAAUCCCGCUGAGCAAAGCGGGAAUCCUUGCUCAGUCCUGAGGUCGUCCCGAUCGACAGACCGGCCCACCCCCCGAGCUCCCAUUUACUAAUCUACAAGAUACAUCGGUGAAGGCCCGACCCCAGACGGCACAGGAAGCACACCUUGUUAUUUAGUUUCCAUAAUCAGCAAGAAUGCCCGCUGUCAAUCUCCCUCUGCAGGAGACCCAUGGUAACAAUACCCUAUAUGCAGUGCCGGGGACCCAGCUGCGGCUCUUGUCUGGAGUCGCGCUUACGUUCCUGGCACUCGUCUUCCUCGGUGUAGUACUACGCGUGCUUAAGAGAAGAUAUAAGGCUCCCCUCCCGGCCUACACCGGCAAGCUCAAUGCUAGUCCAACCAGCCUCCAGACUCUUUGGAUUUCAGAGAAGUCACGUGGAACCGUCUUUUACAACGACAUCAUGUCAGUGAACAGCCCGUCGGGGAUUUCCCAGUUGAGGGCGGCCGAAAACUUAGGUGAUGGGAAUAAGAAACGUGAACGGGAUGGGUCUAGGGAGAGGGCGACGGGAGAGGAGACCAUCGAGGAAGAGAGGACGGCUUCCAUGAGCUUAGACGCAGGCAUGCCACUAUAUCUCAAAUCUGGCCCUCCGCCACCAUUGCCACUAACACCACCUGUUCUUUCGACAGGAGUUUUCACUUUUCAGGAUCGCCGGUUAAGCGUGACGGCGUCGAGCAUAGGUGAUCUGGACACAAGCUUCUUCCACCAGCCGAAUCCAGACUAUACGCUCUCGCCUUCGCCGGGAUCGAUGUCCACUGCGUUGCCGCAUGACCAAGGCUCUCCUUCCAUCCCGAGAAGGAGAUCUUACACGAAGGUGUUGCCGCUGGGUCCCGCUCAUUCAAACCCCGAACAUGGCGAAGCAUCCUUCCCGCCAAGUUCGUUCCCGUCGUCGAGUCCGAUUUUACCCCUUGCGCCACACGAGUCACUUGAUUCUGACCACAAGGAGAUCGACGUAAAGGGCGAGAUUAUCUCGGUAAUGGACGAUUCAGGUGCUGGCUGGAAACGGCAUACCCGUGUCUACGGCGGCGGUGUCUGCUUAGCCUGUCUGGCAUCUGGUAGUCAGGGAGGUUUCUACGGCGAUAAUGUUCCUCCUGAACAUCGUCGAUAACUACCUACCUACCUACCUAGGUACCUAAUAAAAAAAUAUUUUUCGAGACGCCUGGACCGACUUCGACGUUCUGAAAAGGGGAAACGAUAUAAGCUUCGAAAUAUUUCAGAAAGUCGCGGCGCAAGUAAC